AUGGAUGGAUUAGACGCAAGUGCCCACUACACACAGGGCCCUGAUGAUGACAAGCCCUCUCUUCUUGUUCUUAUCCUCGACACAAAUCCCUACGCCUGGUCACAGUUACACCCAGUUCUCCCUCUUCCUCGUGCCCUCGCAUCGAUUCUUCUCUUCCUCAAUGCACAUCUAGCCUUCUCGCACGCAAAUCGCGUCGCCGUGAUCGCCUCGCACACAAGGGAAGCUGUGUUCCUAUACCCCAGCACCACCCCUACACCCCCAACCGACAAUGAUCCCAUGCGCGAUGCCAACAAAUAUCGCCAGUUCCGCAUCGUCGAAGACGAAGUACAGGCCUCGUUCCGCAAACUCAUGGCGGAAACCACUGCCGAGAGCUUGGCUAGCACGAACGAGACUAUGAUGGCAGGGGCGCUGUCAUUGGCGUUGGCAUAUAUUAACCGGCUGUGUAUGUCAUCGGAAGAUGGUCAGGGAGGACAUACAGGGGGAAACAGGACGGCAAAUGGGACUAGGGAUGCGGAUAUGACUACCAUGAAUGCGAGGAUUCUGGUUCUAAGUGUUUCUGGUGAUUUGUCUACACAAUAUGUAUCAAUGAUGAAUUCGAUGUUUGCAGCUCAGAGGAAGAAAAUCCCUAUCGAUAUAUGUAAAAUCGCUGGUGAAACCGUCUUCCUCCAACAAGCAUCGGAUGCCACAAGAGGGAUUUACAUGCAGCUUCAACAUCCUGAAAGCCUCUUGCAAUACUUGAUGAUGUGUUUCAUCCCUGAUAACUCUACACGUAAACAUUUGGUCCCACCCACGCAAAUCAAUGUCGACUUCCGUGCAGCCUGCUUUUGUCAUAAGCGUAUUGUGGACAUCGGGUUUGUGUGCAGUAUUUGCUUAUCAAUAUUCUGCUCUCCACCCGAAGGCGCUGUAUGCACUACUUGUAGUACAAAACUCGAUGUUUCCGACCUCGGUAACUUUGGCGGACGGCCUGCCGUCGUAUUGGCCAAGAAGAAAAAGGCAAAAAGACCUAAGCAGCCAAAAACAACCUCCUCCUUUUCAAACGAUGUUUCUGCGCCUGCAAGUGCGCCCGGGACACCUGCCACAUAG